AUGAAGCUUACGACCGUUGUGCUCGCUCUUUUCUCAUCGGUCGCCUUGGCCGCUCCUGCGGCCCAGAUGGACAAGCGCGCCGUCGUUGACGCAACUGUCGCCGUCGACGGGCUGCGCUAUCGAACGUGCCCGAAGACGACCUGCUCGGCUCCGGGUCAAUAUCCCAAGGGUACCAAGAUCAAAUUAAGCUGCUACACCACGUCUGGUACUACUGAGGUGAAUGGAGACAAGCGCUGGGCCAAGGUCUCCGGAGGUGUUGGUAAUGGCCGAUGGGUAUCGUUGGCGUAUAUGGAUUGGCCUGGAACGAUUAGCGGUUGCUGA